GUGUACAUUUUUUUUUUCAAGAGAGAAUAGAAUGUGGGUCUUUGCUUCUAUUCUCUCCUGAAUUAGAUUGAGCCUCAGGUUUUUGCAGCAAAGAGCAUAUAUGGUUUCUGGGUUUUUUGUUCUCUCAUUGAUGAUGAAUGUUGGCUCAUACUUUGCUGCAUGCAAGCUAAUUUGACUCUUCCUUUUUUCUGGGUAUUUCUUCAUUUUCCUUGGUAACACUGUUUUCUCCCUCUUUUUCUACCUUAAUCCCUAGCAUUUUCUUCAAUUUGAUCUGGGUAUUUUGUUUCUUGAUUUUGUUGUUAUUGAAUCUGUUGAUGGGGUUUUUGUGAUUGUUACUGGUAGUGGGAAAUGGGUUUGAUUUGUGUGUAUAGGGUUCUGAAGAAACAAAUGUGUUUUGAUGUGAUGAAUUAUUGGGAUGUAAGAUUAGAACUUUAGUUUGUUUUGUGUGUGAAAAUUGAAUUGAUUUUAAGGGAUGGGAUCUCAGGGUGGUGGGGGAGGAGGUGGGGGUGGGGUUAAUAGUAUUGGUGCAGCUCAAGCUCAAGCUCAUGCCCAAGACCCAAAGACAAAUGCUUUGGCUAGGCAAGGAUCAUUAUAUGGCCUAACUCUUGAUGAGGUUCAGAAUCAAUUGGGGGAUUUGGGGAAACCAUUGAGUAGUAUGAAUCUUGAUGAGCUUCUUAAGACUGUAUGGACUGUGGAGGCUAGUCAAGGAAUGGGGGGAACGGAUUACGGGGUGUUGCAGCAUGGUCAGGAUGCUUCGGGGAGUUCUUUGAAUCGACAAUCGAGUAUUACACUGACUAGUGAUCUGAGCAAGAAGACUGUUGAUCAGGUGUGGCAGGAUAUUCAGCAGGGGCAUAAAAGAGAUAGUAUCGAUAGGAAAGCUCAGGAGAGGCAGCCUACUCUUGGUGAGAUGACACUGGAGGAUUUUUUGGUUAAGGCUGGAGUGGUUGCUGAGUCGACUCCGGGGAAGAAAAGUUCGGGGUCAGUUUUAGGGGUUGAUUCAAUGGCAUUGCCUCAACAGCAAGCUCAAUGGUCACAAUAUCAGAUGCAUGCAAUGCAUCAGCUACCGCCACAGCAACAACAACAGAACAUGCUACCAGUUUUUAUGCCCGGCCAUUCGGUUCAACAACCUCUGACUAUUGUUUCCAACCCAACAAUAGAUGCAGCUUAUCCUGAAUCUCAGAUGACAAUGUCCCCAACCGCUCUGUUGGGCACAUUAUCGGACACACAAACACUUGGAAGAAAAAGAGUUGCACCAGAUGAUGUGGUUGAGAAGACUGUUGAAAGGAGGCAAAAGAGGAUGAUUAAGAACAGGGAAUCUGCAGCGAGGUCACGAGCAAGGAAGCAGGCUUACACCCAUGAACUGGAGAACAAGGUUUCACGCCUCGAAGAAGAGAAUGAAAGGCUCAAGAGACAGAAGGAGAUAGAGCAGGUGUUACCGAGUGUUCCACUUCCAGAGCCUAAGUAUCAGCUGCGCAGAACAAGCUCUGCGCCCGUCUAACAUCCAGUUUCAUGCACACGAAUGAUGAAUAUGUAGAUGCAUAGUGUUCGUUAUGUCAUUGAAGUUUAUGUUAGCUAGUCAUUAUCUGUUCAUUUCCUUGUUCUUGGUUAACAUCCUUGUUCAGGAGACUGCCCUGGAGGCCUCUGCUGGCAGCACUUGUCGGCUGCCCGUGUGAUUGCCUUAGCUAUCUCUAGUUCUCUAGAUAAGUUCUUUUUCCUUGUAUGUACAUUUUUAUAGUUUUAACCUUGGAAUUAUGUGGAGGAUAUAGUUUUGGUAGUUUCCUUUUGGUUACUGUAAGCAUUUCCAGUAUGAAUUGCUUUCGAGACAAAUGAAAACAAAGUUAUUGUAUGUUUCCAGUUGUAUUGAAACGACCGGGAGAGGGGUAAUCUUCUUCAUGGUUCCUUCUAGACUUGAAA